AUGCAGCAGCAGGGCCACGUCUUUGCAAGGGGGCUGCGGCAAGGGGGACCUCAGGAGGGAGSCAGGCUGCUGCUGAGCCCGCUGCCCGCGGGCGGCAUCGCCGCCACCUUCCAGUUCCGCACGCGCUGGGACGCGGCGCCCGUCUCUCACUACAGGCUCUUCCCCAAGGCGCUGGGGCAGCUGGUGGCGGCGCGGGGCGUGCGGGAGCUGCACCUCGCGCUCACGCAGGGCUUCUGGCGCACGCGCAUCUGGGGGCAGCCGCCGCUGCAGGCGCCCGCYGGCGCCGAGCUCUGGGUCUGGUUCCAGGACACCGUGGCAGAUGUGGACAAAGCCUGGAAGGAGCUAAGUAACAUCCUUUCAGGGAUAUUCUGUGCUUCUCUGAACUUCAUCGACUCCACCAACAGCGUUACUCCAACAGCGUCCUUCAAGCCCCUGGGCUUGGCCAAUGGGACGGAUCACCGGCUGCUGCGCUAUGCCGUCCUGCCGCGGGAGGUCGUCUGCACGGAAAACCUUACGCCUUGGAAGAAGCUGCUACCAUGUGGCUCUAAGGCGGGUCUUGCCGUGCUGCUCAAGGCUGAGCGCUUGUUCCACAGCAGCUACCACUCGCAGGCCGUGCACAUCCGCCCCAUCUGCAGGGAUGCCUCCUGUCAGGCCGUUUCCUGGGAGCUCAGGCAGACCCUCACUGUGGUCUUUGAGAACUUUUCUGGCACCCAAGGAAAAAAAGACUGGUCCCUCUUUAAGAUGUUCUCCCGUACGAUCACUGAAGCAUGUCCUCUGGCAUCGCAGAGCAAGAUCUACGUGGACACCUCUGUUAAGGACAAGGAAAAGGAGUUGGUAGAAGUGACCCCUUCUCCAACAUCUCUACAUGAAGCGAUUGUCCAGGGAGAGAAGAGAACUUAUGCAGUCUAUGACCUGCUGAGUCCCUCACUCUUCAAUACAUCUCGCAGCCUCAAUGUGCAGCUGAAGAUGACAUGGCCCCAGGACAGCUUGGAGCUGUCGACACCAGUACUCCAUGCUCACCGUUAYGUGAGCGGAUACGGGCUGCAGACCGGCAAAAUCAGCACUCUCAUCUACAACACUCACCCGUACCGGGCGUUCCCCGUGAUCCUGCUGGAGACUGUGCCGUGGUAUCUGCGGCUCUACGUGCACACUCUGACCAUCAUCACUAAGGGCAAAGAGAACAAGCCAAGUUAUAUCCACUACCAGCCGGCUCAGGACCGGAGACGGCCUCACCUAUUGGAAAUGCUGAUCCAGCUUCCAGCCAACUCCGUCACCAAGAUCACCAUCCAGUUUGAGCGGGCUUUGCUGAAGUGGACCGAGUACCCACCUGACCCUAAUCAUGGCUUUUACGUGAGCUCAUCCGUACUGAGUGCCCUGGUGCCCAGUGUCAUUGCAAUGAAGGAGUUGGAUAUGGAGCAGAGCCCUCUCUUCACCUCGCUGUUCCCGUCCUCUGAUGGCUCUAGCUACUUCGUGCGCCUCUACACCGAGCCGCUGCUCGUGAACCUGCCAACGCCGGACUUCAGCAUGCCCUACAAUGUCAUCUGCCUGACCUGCACCGUGGUGGCCGUGUGCUACGGCUCCUUCUACAACCUGCUGACCAGGACGCUUCAUGUGGAAGAACCAAGCAAGGGGGGGCUGGCCAAGCGGCUGGCCAACGUCAUCCGCAAAUUGAGGGGGGUGCCACCCCUCUGAGAGAGGGCCCGUCRGCUAACACAGAGCACGGGGCAAGAGCCCAAGGGCUCGCAGGGGAGGCCAAGGGAGCAAAAUGCUUCCUCUCCCCUUUGCUGCUCCAUUUUGCUGCCUGCAUCACUUCUGGGGGUCUCGGCAAGCUAGAGAUCAUUCCCAGUUAAGCAGCUGCUGGGGAAACUCAUCUAAGACCUUUGACUACUGAAUUGCAUGUAUGUGGCAUUAGAAAAGGUGCAAGACUGCUCUUCUGGAGAGGGGUAAUUUAUGUGAGGGGAAUAACGUUAAAAAUAAACUCGGCU